CUUUAUAAAAAAAAGAGUACAAGACGCAAUGAAUGGAUCUGCGUCUGGGAUUCCAUUUACAAAACCUAAACAGUAGCACACGACCCAAGCUGAAGAACACGACUGUCCCAAUCACCAUUCACCUUUGCCAGCGUUACUUUCGCUCCUGCUACGCUUUGAGGGAAACAAGAGAAAUUGGGGGUGAUGGCAUCUUUCUGGGAUAGCUACAAGGAAUUUUGGUCGGAGAGGUUCUCCUUCCUUAGCAACUAUUCCAACGCUAUCCAACGCGAUAGGCCACUCCAUCCUUGGACUGAUUCUGAUGUUGAUCAGUUCAUUGCUUUGGAUCCUGUUCAUGGACCUGCUUUGAAAAGUGCUAGAGAUGCAGUACAAUUUGGCAUCACUGGAAGUGCUUUGGGAGCAGCAUUCACUGCAGGCUACGCAUGGAAAUAUUCCAGAAGUUUGCAUGGUGCUGCACUUUCUUUUCUAGCUGGAGGUGUAUUUGGAUGGACGUUUGGGCAUGAAAUUGCAAAUCAUGCACUUCAACUCUACAGGUUAGAUACACUGGCUGCAGAGGCUAAGUUUUUGGAGUGGUGGAAAAAUAAGAGCGAAUGAGGCUAUUAGAUCUAUUAGCUGCUGGUGUGUCAGAGUGCAACUUUUGUUCUCCUUUCAGGAAGUUUAAUCUCAGUGUUUGCUGUGCAAAUUUAUGUUAAUUGAAUAAAUACUUCUUUGUGACUUUAAGUGCCAAUUCCACCCUAUUCUAUUUUACUUAGUUAUUUGCAUUAUCAUCA